AUGUCAUAUUACAAUAGGGGCAAGAGUUCUACGCCUUGCAAAUAUUUCCAACAAGGUUAUUGUAACAAAGGUAAUAAUUGUAAGUUUGCUCAUGUUUUAAACAAUGGGAAUGGUGGCUCAACUGCAAAUAAAGAAGGGAAAUCUGAUGCAGAGAAGUUGAAAAAUUUCAUCAGUCCUAAUUCUUUUAAUUAUUUACAAAAAAGUACAAUUGGUGAUAUCAAUGAAUCCAAGGAUUUCCAAGUUAAGCCGUUGGCUUCUUCUUAUAGUUCAGAGGUGCCUUGUGCAUUAAAUUUGAUAAAUGGUAGGGAUUAUUCGUUGGAAGAGUCUAGGCUUCAAUAUUAUGAAGCUCGUCAGAAUGGUUCAGUUCCUCAAUAUGAGUCUCAGUUGAAUGCCAGAUUGGCUGAUAUGCAAAAAUGUUUCAAUCAUAUAAGGGCCCAUCCAGACUGGGCUGCUAGAUAUUUGCAGAAAGGUACAAAAGAAAUAUCGGAAACUGGUAGAACUACCAAUACAGCCCCAUUUUGUAAUUUCCCGUUAGAUUUAAAUGCCCCAGUUUCAAAUCCUGCUUUUGGUUCAAAUCCAUUUACUAGUGGUGGUAGUGCAAAUACAAGUGCUUUUGGUGGUUCUGCAAAUAAUGCUUUUGGUAAACCAAAUUUUGGAGCUUCUGAAUCACCAUUUCGUUCUACUAUGGGAACUGGAUCAUCUAAUUUAGGUGCUUCUGUUCAAUCACCAUCUGCUUGUGCAGGCUCAGCAUUUGGUACGCCAAGCUUUGGAUCAAAGACUUUUGGAUCACAGACCAAUCAAGCAUCUGUGGGGGGUGCCUUUGGCAAACCUGCUUUUGGAGCUCCUAGUUCAACUUCUAAUGCAUUCGGAGCUGGAAGCACAACCUCAUCAUCGUUUGGAGCACCUUCUUUUGGUUCAGCUCCGUCCAAUACAACUGGUAAUACAAGUUCAUUUGGUGGUGCUGAGAGUAGUGCUUUUGGAAAGCCAGCAUUUGGAGCAUCAACGCAGCCAUUUGGUUCAAGUUCAGCAACAAGUUCAGCAUUUGGAGCUCCAGCUUUUGGAUCAACUGCUACAUCUUUUGGCCAAGUAGAAGGUACAUUCGGUUCUGGUUCUGCUUUUGGGAAGCCCUCAUUUGGAAGUAGUCAGGGUACGGCCAAUACAUCUCCAUUUGGUUCAUUACAGGGUAAUGAGAAUAAAGGAGCUGCAUCUGCCUUUGAAUCAUCCAGUUUUGGUACUUCAGGUUUUGGUAGUGCUCAAAAUAAUGCUAUUACCCAACAAAAGAAUCAAUCACCAUUUGGCUCUCUUUCUGUUUCUGGCCAAAGCCAGCAGUCGACAAACACUCCUGCAUUUGGAACUGCUCCUGCUGGACAAAAUACAUCAAGUGCCUUUGGUGCUGUAGCAAAUGGAGGUGCUGCUGGAUUUGGAGCUUUCAGCUCUCAGCCUUCUGAAUCGUCAGCCUUUGGCUCAACAGCUAAAAGUCCUUUUGGAUCUAUACAACAAACAGGACAAAACCAAACUCCAGCUCAGUCUGCUUUUGGAGCUACAACAACUCCUUCGAAUGGAGCAUCCCAACCGUUCGGGCUAUCAAAUGCUAAUAUAAAUUCACCAUUUGGAAAUAUGGGAGUCAAACCUCAGUCACCUUUUGCUUCCCAGUCUAGUUCGACUAUAUCAGCUCCUAUGGCAGGUUCCAAUCUUAACCAAGGUGCUCCAUCAGAUGAUGAUAAGCGAGAACCUGAUUCUUUACUAGAAGAGACAUUAGCCAAAUUUAAAUCUGAAAGUUUCACUUUAGGAGGAGUUCCAGAUAUACCACCACCAAUGGUGCUCUGUACCUAA